AUGGUUCGCAAAAGAAAGUGGCUUUUGUGGGGAUUGCUAUGUACUUUGGCUCUAGUGACAUCAACGAGCGGUAACGCAGCAGCAGCAUCGUUUACACGCGAUCGUCGAAAAGUGUGCAACUAUUACGAAUGGAAGUGCAGCAGUGGACAGUGCAUCGAGUCGCACCAGCAGUGCGACGGUGUGAUCGACUGCAAGGACGGAUCGGACGAAACAUCCAAAAGCUGUGCCUUCAUACGUUGUCCUAGCUACGCAUUUCGCUGCCAGUACGGUGCGUGCGUCGAUGGGAACGCACUGUGCAAUGGCGUACGGGAGUGUGCCGACCAUUCCGACGAACACGCACACUGUCCCGGAAACAGUGGGAUGAUUUUGGCAUCGCACGGCAACUGUUCCAAUACCGAGUUUUCCUGCCGCUCGAGCGAAUGCAUACCGGCCGACCAGGUGUGUGACGGACAGGAAGAUUGCCCGGACGGUACGGAUGAAACGCAGCAGCUCUGCAGCCUUGUAUUCUGUCCAUCGUUUUCAUUCCGCUGCAGCUACGGUGCGUGUAUCGGUGGGUACUCCAAGUGUGACGGUGUCAUAGACUGUCGGGAUGGUUCGGAUGAGGAUGAGUUACUUUGUGGCAAGCCGUUCCCAUCCACGACACCACGAUCGACGACUGCGAUGACCUCAACGACGACUACCACCUCGACCACAACACCGGCCCCAGUUACCGGACCGCCGGGAUCGUGCCGGGUUCCAUCGGCACCACCGCAUGGACGAAUCGUGUUGGACGAAAGUGCCCAGCACGUCCAAAUAAGGCCGGGAGAGUUUAUCGAAAACUACAACUCCGUGUACAUAGUGUGCGAUGAUAAGUACACGCUGAAGGGAACUGCCACCAUUGUCUGUCUCGAUGGGGAAUGGCUGGAACCGUUCCCGGUUUGUGAGAAAUAUUGCUCAGAAAUUCCUAUCAAUGGAAUUACGAUCGAACCGUUCUGUGAGUACCAGCGACGUCAGAUUACCUGCAAGCGGCCACUUCCUCCGACAACGAGAGUACGAAUCGGUUGCCGCGUUGGCUACCAGAAACCGCUCGAGCCCGUCAACGAAACGCUCAACUGUGUGGACGGAACGUGGGACGGUGCGGUGUUUCGCUGUGAACCGGUAUGCGGUACGCCAACGCCUGACGCGGAAGCGUACAUUAUCGGUGGGCGUAAUGUGUCCAUCGCCGAAGUACCCUGGCAUAUGGCGAUCUACAAAAACCUCAACGAUUCCUCACUGUCCGAUCUGCGCUCGGUCGACUGGCAGUACGUGUGCGGUGGGUCCAUCCUAACCGAGCGGCUCGUCGUGACCGCUGCCCACUGCUUCUGGGCGACGGAAGGGUUCUUCGACAAGCGCUUCUUCCGGCUAGUGGCAGGAAAGUACCGACGCAGUAUCAGUGCGAUCGAAGCACUACCACCGCAGUUCUUCCAGAUUCACGAGAUACUGCAUCAGCCACAGUAUCAGGACUUUUCCGGCUACUUCAACCUGGACAUUGCGAUCGUGGUGUUGAGCGAUUUCAUCUCCUUCCGGACGUACAUCCGGCCAAUCUGUCUCGAGCGAAAUUUUCGCACGGAAAGUGAGAAACGCAUCAAGCCGAACAGUGUCGGUCGGGUGGCAGGUUGGGGCUUUACUACCUCCACCGGCAAUUUGAGCAGUGUGCUGAAGGUGAUCGAUAUUCCGACGGUGGAUUAUGUGACGUGUCGGGAGUUUUCGCCCGUCGCUUAUCGCCCAUUCCUGACCGGUGACAAGUUCUGUGCCGGCGAUCCACGUACGGGAACCGGCGUAUGCCAGGGCGAUAGCGGAGGUGGAUUCGCACUGGGCAAGGAGGUGGGUGGGGACACCGUGUACUAUCUGUACGGGUUGGUUAGCUCUGCACCGCGCGCAUCGGACGGUGGGUGCGAUAAUAACAAGUACGUUGCCUUCACCGAGGUGCAAAACUACAUUCCAAUGAUACUGGACGCGGAGGGUCGGUAUCCCGUGAUAUAA